AUGGCUUCCUCGGAUUCUUUCUCGAAUGGCAGGCUUCCCCUCCUCCUCCAAGACAUUACUAGUAGCGACCUUAUGUUCUUUGAUGCAGACACUACCUUCCAAGACUCCACUUUGCAAAUGGCGGUGGAAAUCUACAAUGAGGCGCAAGCAUUGGCCAAAGAUGGAAACCAUCGGAAGGCUUGCGAAGAGUAUGCAUCCGGGCUUUUCAUUGGUCGCAAAGUCGUACAGAAGCUACAAGAGGCGGCGCUGGAUGAAAAUUCAUCAAUAACAGCAGAGGAGGAGGAGGAGGAGGAGGAUGACCCUCGAUUGGCCCUGGAAUGGUUGAUUGCUACCUAUUUGGCCAUGUUCCAAUCCCGAGUGGCGUUGGGCGAUUGGAACAAGGCCCGCGCCGAUGCGUGGGCAGCCUGCAAUUACGCUCAAUACAGUCCGAAUGGUAGUCUUGGUGGUGAUGGUAUGGAUGCAAGAUCCUUUCAACUCGAACUGACGGUCCUGUCGGCCAUGUGGACUGUCUGUCAAAACACAAAUGACAAGAUCAACGAAUGGCAAACCUUGCAAUCCAUACAGCAACUGUUGAAACUUCCCUUUCCGCAAAGCAAGGUUGGAAGUAUUGGUAUCACUCGAGAACAAGUGGAAGAUCGCCUCAAGGUUUUAAAAGAUGAACUGGAAGCCAAAACGUAA